UAUCUCGUACUUUUACAUCCUCGCGGACGGCUUGCACUUGCUGCAAAGCGCUAUACGACUAUACCCUACUCGACUUCUGAUCGGUUAAGACGUGUGUGCUUCCAACUCUAUGUGUGGUGUUGUGCUGGUUCUGGUUCUGAUUCCGAUUAGAAGGCCUCAUCAUUGCGUCACUCCACAGCGCCAGGCCGGCCGGCCCUGGUCCCUUCAUGAUGCCCACCCUGCCGCCGAUGCACCCCGAUAACGGAUUAAUUUUCACACCCCCAGAUGUAUUAAAGCAGCGUAUAAUGGUUGCCGAAUUCGUGGGCCGAGGUCAAAGUGGAUCUCCAGUAAAUGGUGAAAUCCCACAACUAAACUCAAACAUGCCUGCCAGCCACGGACGGGAGCUCCUCUCAUCGUCGACUUCUCCCGACGCCGACUCUUUCCCUCCCGGCUACAACAUGAACUCCGUCAAACACAAAGAGCUCUUCUCCCAGCGAAAGCAGCGCGAGUUCACCCCCGACAGCAAGAAGGACGACAGCUAUUGGGACCGCCGGCGCCGAAAUAACGAAGCCGCCAAACGCUCCCGCGAAAAGCGCCGCUUCAACGACAUGGUCCUCGAACAGCGCGUCGUCGAACUCACUAAAGAGAACGCCAUCUUGAAGGCCCAGUUAGAGGCCAUCAAGGAAGAGUACGGGAUCUGUGGCGAAAACGUCGUUUGCGUCGAGAAAGUCCUCGCAAAUCUCCCCACAAACGAGCAAGUACUUAGCCUCACCAAACGUCAGAAACUCACACAUUCGGCAAAUCCGCUCCUCUUCAACCCCCACAGUCCGAUCCCGACCCCGGUGAUCCACCAGCCGGUUUUGGGGUCGCCUCCGCCGCAGCCCCUCCCGCACGCCCACAUCCUCCACCCGCCCGCGUCCCACCACGAGCCGCCCUACAGAGACCACCCCGAGGCCUACCCCUAUCCCUACCCCAACUACCACCCCACAGUCCACUACGACUCCAACGAUGCCCUCAAUCUCUCCGCGCGGUCGCGGUCACGAGGCCAGAGUCCUUUCGAAGUCUCUAGUAAUUCGGGGGAUGAGAGCGCCCCCGUGGCUCUUACCUCUGAAGCCAACAACAGCCUCCCGUUGAAAUUGCGCCACAAGUCCCACCUGGGGGACAAGGACGCCGCCAAUACCCUCCUGUCGCUCCAGAAUAUUAAACAGGAGCCGGGACCGCGCGCUAGUCCUCCUUGGGACGCCGAAGGCUCGAGCGACGAGCGUGACUCUGGGAUCUCUUUGGGGGCGGAAUGGUCGACGCAGGCCGCGCAAGCCGCCGCCACUUUGCAAACUCUUAAACAGUCCCACCUCCAGGCCAUGCAGGAGGCCGCUGGUGGCGACGCCGAGACCAAGCAUAGAAUCCACUCCGAAAUUGUGAGGUUAUCGUCCGAGGUUGAACAUCUCAAGUCGAUGAUGAUCGGCAAGGAGAAGGAACCGAGACAUUAGUUUGAUGGGGUCGGACCCUGAAAGGGUGCCCCAGUGCUCGUCGUGCGCGUACUUGUGAUGGAUCGGACAUAUCAACGCUCCGCCGGGAGCUAUUUAUUCUAGUGUUAAGUAUUUAUUCAUUUUUGUAAGUUUGGAGAUCUCUCCGCUUGCACAACUCUGUAUCUUAGUGGACUUGCUUUCAUUUUUUGCCAAUAUAUUCCUACGAGUUUAUUUAACAUAAUCUUAUUGUAACGCAUUGUUGGCGCUUUAUCGCUCUGUACUAUAUUCUACCAAUGGUUUUCAUUUUCCUCAUCUCAUAGGGAUUUAUUGUACCUUUUUAUUUUUUAACUGGAAAUGUGUGAUUUUUUUGUAGACUAUUACUAUUAAGAAAAUACGAUUAUUUAUGUAUAAAUAUGUAUGUAUUUUUGUUACAUCAUCGGCCAAAACCGAAAUUUACGUUAUGUUAUCUCAUUAUUGUAUAUUUAUCAAUAAGACUUCAGCCGGACCUUACCUCAACUGAUGCAAAAAACUGAUCUGUAAUAACCGAUUUCGUCCGGCACACUACAAUAUCACCUUAAUAAAGAAAAGUAACGAUAUAUUUUCAUAUUACCAAGCAUGUAUCCUCUUAACUAUGUAUUAAAUAAAUAUUUGCAUCGUUUUUCAAUAA